GCAGCCUUGUUAGUGUGAGGUGGGUGAGAAAGGCUGAGCCAGCCAGAGGCGGGCCGGCUGGAAAAGAAAGAUGGAGGCGACGGCGAGCGACCGGGUGUCCGUUGUUCCCGAGAAGCUCCAGCAGCGAGAGACUGAGCGGCGGGAGGAAGCUGAGCGGCGGCGGCGGGAGCGCGACGCCCAGGCGGUGCAGGAGGAGCAGAGCGGGUUCUUCACCGCCGCCUUCUCCCGGGAGCGGGAAGCCGUCGAGGCGCUGCUGGAGCCAGAGGCGGAACAGGGUGCUGAGGACGAGGCGGCCGCCGCCCAGAGGCUGGAGGAGGCGGCCGGGCGGCUGCAGGGCCUGCAGCGGCUGCUGACCGACUCGGUGCGUUUCCUGGCCCCAUACGAAGUGCGGCAGGCGCAGGCGGCGCUGGGCAGGCUCCAGGCCGCUGUCUCCGAGCGGCGCCUCCAGUUGCAGCCCAAGAAGCGCUUCGCUUUCCGCGCCCUCAAGAAGGAAUCCGCUCAGGCGCCUCCGAAGCCGCCGCCCCGGGGAGCUCCCUCCUCCGCUUCUUCCUCGCCUGCAGGCCCCCAGACUGGAUUCAGCGGGGUCGAGGGGCAAGAGCUGGAGCUGGGUCCAGCCGAGCUGCUGCAGCAGGACGUGGUGCUGUCGGAGCUGAGCCGCUGCCGGGUGCGACUCCGGGGCAACCCCAACACGCUGCUGGUGCGCGACUGCCGGGACUGCACGGUGCUGUGCGGCCCGGUCUCCACCUCGGCGCGGGUGGAAGGCUGCAGUGGCAGCCGCCUGGCCCUCGCCUGCCAGCAGCUCCGCACGUACCGCACCACCCAGACCAGCUUCUACGUGCAAGUGACCUGCCGCGCGAUGCUGGAGGACUGCAGCGGUGUCCGCUUCGGCCCCUAUACGUGGAGCUAUGCGGGCAUCGAUUCCGACUUCGAGACUUCCGGGCUCGAUCGGAGCAGGGACAAUUGGAGCGAGGUGGAUGACUUCAACUGGCUGGCCAGAGAUGAGCCCUCCCCGAACUGGAGCGUGAUCCCGGAGAACGAGAGGGUCACCGACUGGGAUUGAGCCGGGGUGAUGUAGCUGCCACCGUCUCUGCAGAGGUCCUGUAGGCAGCUGCACUGUAGCAAAAGCAGUUGUUACAAAGGCACAGAGAGAACACUGCGAUUAGAGAGACAGACCUUGCUGAUGUUUGGAAACUGCUCACAGUGUUGCGAUGAAGGUACCGAAGUACCUAUCUCUAACUGCACUCGGUUUGUAAUUGAGUCUGCAAUCCUGUGCACCCUUACUUGGAAGUAAAUCUCGUUAGUUACAGUGGGACUUGCUUUCAGGUACUCAUGUAUAGGAUUGCACUGCAAGUGUCCUAGUGUUAAUCUUUUCUAUUCUAUGCACUAUUCCUUAUUGUGCGACUUUUUUUCUGAGCUGUGCUGCCCUCUGGGUAGAAUUGGAAUAGCACUGAACACUCGAGUGAAAUACUCAGUAACUUAACUGUCCCAUACUUCUGAUUAAAGAAUGCAGUGCCUGGGAUUAUGGACUGUGCUACCUCUAUAACGUGCUAGAAGAGGUUUAAAUGAUGGUAGUGGGGAGGUAAUGUGUUCUUCUGGCACAUGUAGGUUCCUCUGGCGCUCCUGUUGGUUAUUUAAAGCUGAAAAGCACUGUUAGUGAUUGCUGUUAAAUUUUUGUUUGCAAAGCAACCUUAUUCAGGUGCAGUUGUAGACUAAAUUUAUUAUUUACAUUGGCAGCAAUCUUGCACUGUGCAGAAAUCUUUUGUACUCUUUAUUACAUCUUGGAGUUGCUGCAAGUUAUCUGGAAGUGUCAGAAACAUGAUUUUUGCCUUCAGCUGGUUGCCUGAUCUUUAAAACAGUUUAGUAGUACAUUUUGCAUCAUGGGAUGAACUCCAGUUCUGUGGCAAACUCGUCUAAUCUUACAUCCUUGUGACACUUAAAUCCUUUACUGCUACCAGUGUGACACAAUUUGCACAGUAUAGCUCAGAUGUGAUGCCAGAGUGGUGUGUCUGUGAAUAUUCCAGUGUAGACCUAUAAAAGAGCAGAGCAAAGCAUUAUGUUUUGGGCACAAUUUGGCCAAAGUUAAGCACCUAGAAGGCCACUUCUAUUAGUGGGAGCAAGUCAAGUGCUUAAUUCUCCAACUGAAGUCAGCAGCACAUCAUCCGUUCUUAACUUUAACCGGAUUUCUCAUAUUUAAAGUUUUUGUUUACACUUUUCCCCAAGAAACCACUCUUACUGUGAUAAGAUGCUCUUUAGAACUAUUGAAUAACACUUGCAUGUUCUUAUAUAAGUGUACACUGGUCUAGGCAUUUCAACAGUUUGUUCUAUCUGUUUUUCAUAAAGUAAUUCUGUUUCUGUUCAGAUAGAUGAAGAUGGGUCAGAUUUUUGAGAGUUAUUACCUUUCUUUGCUCAUUGGAGGCCUUCAAUACCAUAGGCAUAAGAACAUCCUGUAAAACUGAACCUUGUUUAACUGUAAGCAGAGUCAAUAUUGUCAUUCCUGGUCUCUGUUUUUUUAAUUGUGCUAAUGUACUUCAAAAGUUAGUAGCUUUGCAAAAUACUGAUGGAAACUCCAGUACUCUGUAUUGUUUAUAAAUAUACUGUGUCUCUGUCCAAUAUACUUUUGAGUACAGUAAGAAGAGUAACUGUAGCUGCUUGAAUUAAAACUUAUUCAUAAUUUCUGAUCAAA